UUGGAAUUUUAGUUCACCGCUCGAAUCGAAUUCAUUCACUUGUUUGUUGUCUUGCAUUCGCAUACGCGUUCGCGAAUUUCAACGCCGUAAAUUCUACAAUUUCAUUUCUUCUGUUUUAUUAAGUUUCGUUGUGUGUGGUGCAGCUACUUAGAGAACGCAGGAUUUUUAUUUUGCCAAAAUUAUUUAUUGCAACAAAUGUGAAUGAAAUAGCAAUAAAACUAAGCAAAUUUACUUAUAAAUCACAGCGAAAACGCCAAAAAAAUCACUUUUCAAAGUUACAUGUAUCGCUUUUAAAAUAGGAAUAAUUUUCUUUUUGUGAGCUUUGUGUGUCGGCGUAGUGCAAUUCGAUAUUUGAAAUAAGAAAUAAAUUUUCUAAACUGCAUUAUUGCAAAAACAAACACGAAGUUAGCUCCGUUGCUACCAAUUCAAGAGUGUUUAAGUUGCAAUUCUAAACUGCAUUAUAGCAAGCAUACGUUAAAAGAAAUUGCAAAAAAUAGUUCUGCAUUUUGCAAACGACAUUAAACAGUGAAAGAAAUUUUUUGAUUUGUGUGCACACUAGUUGAUGGCCGAAAAUAAAGGAAUCAUGCUGGCUAAAUCUGUACAAAAACACGCUGGACGUGCCAAGGAAAAGAUUUUGCAAAAUUUGGGCAAAGUCGACCGGACUGCCGAUGAUAUUUUCGACGAUCAUUUAAAUAACUUCAAUCGCCAACAAACUAAUGCCAACAGAUUACAAAAGGAGUUCAACAACUACAUCAGAUGUAUUCGUGCCGCUCAAACCGCUUCCAAGUCGCUGAUGGAUGCCAUUUCCGAAAUCUAUGAACCGCAUUGGGUCGGCUAUGAUGCAUUGCAGGCACAGACCGGCGCUGCCGAAAGUCUAUGGCAAGACUUCGCCCAUAAAUUGGCAGAUCAAGUAUUGAUUCCGUUGAAUACAUACACUGGACAAUUUCCGGAAAUGAAAAAAAAAGUGGAUAAACGCAAUAGAAAGCUGAUUGACUAUGAUGGCCAACGCCAUUCAUUCCAAAGUCUUCAGGCCAAUGCUAACAAGCGCAAGGAUGAUGUCAAGCUCACGAAAGGACGCGAGCAGCUGGAGGAAGCUCGUCGCACCUAUGAAAUUCUCAAUACCGAGUUGCAUGAUGAGUUGCCCGCCUUAUAUGACUCAAGAAUAUUGUUUUUGGUCACCAACUUGCAGACGCUCUUUGCAACGGAACAAGUGUUUCACAAUGAAACGGCUAAGAUCUACUCCGAAUUGGAGGCGAUUGUGGACAAAUUAGCAACGGAUUCUCAACGCGGCUCGAAUACGCUACGAAAGCAAACUAGUAAAUUUAUGGAAAGCACUGCCUUUUCCGCUCCAAGCCCCACAAAGACGUCGCCAUUCAAGCAAAUGAACAACACAAACACCACCAAUAACAGUAACUAUCAAAAUCAGAUCACCACAAAUGGCUCCAGUAAUGUCAACAGUCCUGAAUAAAAAAUAUAAAAAAAAUUAUUUUUUUUUGACAAAAUUUGCAUCUGCAUAAAUUAAAUUGAAAAAAAUGCUUGCUUUAAUUGUAAGCUAAAUACAAUUCGAUUAACAAUGUUGCGCACAAAACUUGUUUAAUAAAUUCAAAAUUGCAAAUUACAAAGAAAAAUACAAAAACAAAAAUAUUAAUUUCAAAGUUAUAAAAUUUAAAAGUAUUUUAUGCAUACAAUGACAUGCACUUGCAUUGCCUUACAAAUCACGAUAAAUAUUGAAAAUAUUUAAACACAAUUUCUUCUCACUUAACAAUAUCGAAUCGAAUUUAGCUUAUUUUGUGACCCUAUCACCCUUAAAUCUUUAUAAUAUCCCACAUUUUAUGAGGUUGUGUGUGCCGCGUACGUUAGCCUAUUAAGUUAUUUUAAGCUGAUAAUUAAAUUAUAAUUAAUUAUUAUAACUUCUUACAUAUAAAAAAUUGUAUUUGCAUUAGAAGUCGUAGUUAGCAUGUAGCGUUAUAAUUGCAUACGUUUAUGGCCAUAAAACUAUAGACUCAUAUAAUUUUUUUUUUUUUAAUUAUUAAUAGUUAUAAUUUUUGUUUGCUUUAAUUUUAUAGUUAUCUUACAUAACAUAAUAUAUAAAACAAGUAUACUUUCAUGUAGUGACAAUAUUUAAUAACUAAAAGUGGUUAUACUUAGUUAUUUAAAAGUGGUUACUUGGUUCAAAGUUUCAUGCCAUGAUCACAUCAUAACAAAAAUUGCAAUUUGUUUUUUUUUUUUUGCUAUAAAUGCACUGAAGACUACUUCUUUCGAUUUAUAUACUACUACGUAGGUGCAACGAUUCGUGUUUUAAUCAUAGAAAAUCGCUCUAUUGUUUUUCAAAAUAUUUUCCAUUUCGCAUGCUUCUGAACUAGUUCUCUUAGCACUUUUGCCACUCUGAUUGAAGGACACACAUAUUUCCAAAACAUGCGUUCUGAGCGCCUCAACCGUCUUUAUUUCUUUAUUGGCGUAGACACGCGGUUAUAGCCGAGUUUACAAAGGUCCAUAAGUUAUGACUACCAACAGUGACUUGGGAGCCAAGUCGCGACUGCGACGACUGUUUGUUUGAUGACAGCAGAUGUUUCGUCUUGCCCACCUUCACCACCAAACCCAUUUGCUUCGCUUUCUUAUCCAUUCUGAAGAAAUGAUCGGCGUACGCCAUUAACUGUGCACUCUUAUAGAAGACUGUACCUUCUCUAUUCAGCUCUGCGGCUCGAACUAUUUUCUUCAGGAGUAGAUUGAAGAAGUAGCACGAUAGGGAGUCGCUUUGUUUGUAACAUCUCCGGCUUGGAGAGGUCUUUCCUGAUCCUGACGAAGCUUUUGAUAUUGCUCAACGUCAGUUUACACAGCCGAAUUAGUUUUGCAGGGAUACCAAGCUCAGACAUAGCGGCAUAAAGGCAGCUUCUUUUCGGCUUAUCAAAAGCUGCUUUGUAAUCGACAAAUACUAUGUUCGGACCGACAUUGAAGACAUUGUUUUGGUGGAAAAACUGGUUUUCGCCCUACAGCUUGUAUUUUCAUCCAUGUAAAAUCUGUCAAACGCAAACAUAUUGAAAACCAGUUUUCGCUGAAACUACUUGAAAACUUGCAUUCCACUCAUUAUAAUCGGUGUCUGAUCUAGUUUAGUAGUAGUAAAAGAGGUAGUGUGUGUCGAUAGAUUGCAACACUAGUGUUGCCAAAUCCCAAAACAAUUUCCUGAAAAUUCUACAGCUUCAAAAUCGAUCUCUCCACCUAAGAUGCUAAGAUGCUAAAUUCUUUUUCAGCAAUGAUUGUCAAUUGAUCUCCGGAUUGAAAUCCUGGAGCUAUGUCAUACAUACCCGAAACAAUUCGGGUAUAUUACGACUGAACAGAUGCAAACAGAUAUCAUCAAUUACUUGUUGCUUUAUCGAUGGUGAAGUCGAUCACUUGAUACAGAACUUUUACAUACCAGAAUUUUCAUGAACGAUAAGUUCAACACAUUCCUAACUAUUUUUGAAUUUCGUACAGUUAACAGUAUCUGCUGGAAUAAAAACCCGAGUCUCUUUCAGCUACGUAAACUCAAAUAUGGUAGAAACUUUGCUGUUGUUGCUGUUGCGGCAAAAUUAUGCCGAGUUGACAGUCCUUGACCGGUAAAAAUCCAGGUCCAUUCCGGUGACGUAGACCUGACUGUCGUUUGAGCGGAUUGUUAUUCUACCAAGCGUAGAUCUGGUGCUCAUGUCGGCUGCAGAGUUCGAACCAGCAGCAUUUUUGUUAUUUUUGUCAAAAAUUUGUAUUUAUUUUCAAAUGUCCAAACUUACAAACGUCACUUAUAUAAUAAUGCUAUACAUGAGCUGUGAGAAGUUCCAACUUGUCUAGUAGUCACAACUUUUAUAGUAUUAGCAUUUUUUGUUUUAGUAAUUAAAUUCGUUAUUUUGAGUUUAUUUAUAAAUAUUGGCUUUAAGAA